CAUCGCUUUAUAACCCUCGGCCUGCUGCUGCUGCUCCACGACAACUCCCACGUCUACACCACCGCCAUGCCCUUCAGCACUAUCAAGCUCAACAACGGGACCGAGAUCCCCGCCAUUGGAUUCGGCACUUGGAAGAUCCCCGUCCCCGUCGCCGUGGGGCAGGUCGACCAGGCCAUCGAGGUGGGCUUUGACCACAUCGACACGGCUCAGACCUAUGGAAACGAGCGCGAGGUCGGCCAGGCUCUCAAGGAGAGCGGUCUGUCCCGCAAGGAUGUCUACAUCACCACCAAGUGGUCGGGCACCGACGGCAAGGGUCCCCGCCAGAGCAUCGAAGAGUCGCUCGAGAAACUCGGCGUCGACCACGUCGACCUGUACCUCAUCCACCACCCGCGUCUGACUGGCGGCGAUAUCCCGGGUAUCUGGAAGCAGUUUGAGCAGUUUGUUAAAGAGGGCAAGACCAAAUCGAUUGGUGUGUCAAACUUCACCGUCGACGACCUCAAGGUGCUCCUCAAGCACGCCAACAUCAAGCCUGUCGUCAACCAGAUCCAGCUUCAGCCCUACGACAUUGGCAUCACCCAGCCCCUCCUCGACUUCCACGCCGAGCAGAACAUUGUGACCGAGGGCUACUCGACCCUCGUGCCCCUCACCUCGCGCCCCGGCGGCCCAGUCGACAAGCCUGUCAACGAGAUCGCCGGCCGGCUCGGCGUCGCGCACGAGCAGGUCCUCCUCGCGUGGUCCAAGGCCAAGGGCGCCGUUAUCCUGUCUACCAGCUCCAAGAAGGACCGCCUUGAGCGGUACCUCGCCGUGGGCGACAUUGAGCUCACCAACGACGACGUCAAGGCCAUUGACGAGGCCGGCAUCAAGGGCGGGCCUGGUCGCACGGGCUACAAGCUGUACCUCCACCGCGCUGUCAAGGCCACCGCCGUCGUCGGCCUGCUCACCUUUGCCGCAUGGCGCUACCUGUAAAUGGAGAGAAAUGCAGAUUGUAGCAGUACAGAUAUGAAGUUCAG